UUGAAGUAGGAAGCGCGUCAAAACAGAAACAAUUUCUAAUGAAGUCAUCACACUGGGCUUCCUCACACUUUCCCCCAUUUUCUGUUUCCUCUUAUAUCGCCUAAAAUCUUGUAUACUCAAUUUCCACACACUAUAUAAUUCCAUUUUCCGCACACAACCAAAAAAUCUCUGCACCAACAAUGAAAAACAUUUUCAAGAAGCUACACAAAAGUAACAAUGAAACCCUAUCUAAUCCUUCUUCUUCUUCUGCGCAAUCUCAAUCUUCAACCUCAUCAUCGUCAUCGUUAUCGUCAUCAUCAUCUUCUACUUCGUCGUCUGUGACGACGAUUUCUUCAUCCAUGGCGACACAAUCGGUUUCUGUCGCCACCGAUCGUGGAAGUUCUCCAGUCAUUGGUGAUUUGGUAAAGAAUGAUCAUCAAUUUCGUCAAGGUGAUUACUUUUCGUCUGAAGAGGAUUUUCAGAUGCAACUUGCUUUAGCGAUUAGUGCUUCUAAUUCCGAGUUUCGUAAUGAUUCUGAGAAUGAUCAGAUCCGUGCUGCUACUUUGUUGAGUUUAGGAAGGUCUAAUUCUAUUGAUAAUGCAAUAGAUAAGGGGGUUUCUGGCGAGGCGCUGUCGCGGCGGUUUUGGGAUUAUAACGUACUUGAUUAUGAGGAGAAAGUGGUAGAUGGUUUUUACGAUGUAUUUGGCAUUUCAUUAGAUCCUUCAAUCCAAGGAAAGAUGCCUUCUCUUGCAGACCUUGAAACAAAUGCUGGUGAUUCUGGAUUUGAGGCUGUGAUAGUUAAUAGGAUGGUUGAUCCAAUUCUUGUGGAAUUGGAGCAAGUCGCUCAUUGUUUUGCAUUAGACUGUUCGGAAUCUGAGGUUGGUGUCUUGGUUCAAAGGCUUGCUGAACUUGUGACACAACACAUGGGUGGACCAGUUAGGGAUGCUAGCAUUAUGUUGGUUAAGUGGACAGAGAUCAGCACAGUAUUGAGAACUUCCCUUCAUACGAGUGUCUUUCCCAUUGGUUCUAUAAAAGUUGGCUUGUCACGCCAUCGGGCCUUGCUCUUUAAGGUAUUAGCUGACCAUGUUGGGAUAAAAUGUAGACUUAUCAAAGGAAGUCAUUACACUGGCAACGAAGACGAUGCUGUUAAUAUAAUAAAGAUGGCAGACGAAAGGGAGUUUUUGGUUGAUCUCAUGGCUGCUCCUGGAACUCUAAUACCUGCUGAUGUUUUAAGUGUGAAGGAUUUUUCUGCCCCAGCGCUCAAUCAAAAACUGAAUAAGAUCCCUUCCCUGCAACCUUCAAAGGAUUUGGACUUUCUCAGUGCCAGACCAAAGCCGUUAAAUUCAUUGUUAGUUGAAGGCACUCCUGCUGACAAUUUUGACUUUGGUCGAAAUUCAGUCUCUGGCAAAGUGGAAUUAUUGCCUUCAUCUUCAAGCACUAGUAAUGACAUGGGUGCUGGCCCUUCUAGAGUCUCUAGCCAAUCUAACCCUUACAAUCAGUUGGACUUGCCCUCAACAUCAGCAGUAGGGGCGUCUCUUUUCAAACCACAUCGCGGAGCCCUUGCAGUUGGUGAUGGCAAGAGGUUGAAUGUAAAUGUAGUACCCUAUAAUCAAGGUAAUUCUGAUGAUCCCAGAAAUCUUUUUGCGGACCUUAAUCCAUUUCAAUUACGAGGUUCAAGUCAAGCUUCACAUCAGAACAGAUCCAAAUUUGAGAUUGAUGAGUCUCAGAAAUUUAGGAAUGAUGCUAUCCCCAGAAAACCACCUUCUCCCAUGAUGUGGAAAAACAAUCAAGCUAUUAAUUAUGUUCCCAGGAAGAAAGACCAUGAUUUUGUUGAAAGUUUAUUCCCAAGAAAUAACCAUGGAAACAAGGCUUCCAGAAUGCCACCUGCGACGUCAUCCAUCUCAUUGUCUUCCCACAAUGUACAUCAAAAUGGUUCGGAGUUGGGGAGUUCGAAUCUGAUUGGUUUAAAUGUUGAAGCUGGAAGCUCUUUGAGUGUUGCUACUAAUGCUGUACCCGGUUGUGGCCAGAAUGAUAAACCUCUUCCAAGUGAAGUUGGAAAUGCUUCUCACAUGAAAGACUCGACUCAGGAGGCAGAUUCUGCUGAUGAUAUGCUUGUUCAGGAAAAUCAAAAAACAAAAGGAGCUUCUGGUUUACAGAAUGCUGGGAAGUGCACUACUGAGGGAUUCAUAGGGACAGGAAUGAUAUUAAAUUAUUCAAGUCUAGAAUCUUCAGAUUCUGCCGGAAAUGCGGCUGACCAAGUGCUUGAUGAUGUGGGUGAAUGUGAAAUAUUGUGGGAAGACCUUGCUCUUGGUGAAAGAAUAGGAUUAGGUUCAUAUGGAGAGGUCUAUCAUGCAGACUGGAAUGGCACGGAAGUUGCUGUGAAGAAAUUCUUGGACCAGGAUUUUUCCGGGGCUGCUCUAGCGGAGUUCAAAAGAGAGGUCCGUAUAAUGCGUAGAUUGCGCCAUCCCAAUGUGGUCCUAUUUAUGGGUGCUGUUACUCGCCCACCAAAUCUCUCAAUUGUUUCUGAAUUUCUUCCAAGAGGAAGCUUAUACCGGAUUCUCCAUCGUCCCAAAUGUCAAAUUGAUGAAAAGCGUAGAAUAAAGAUGGCUCUCGAUGUGGCUAAGGGCAUGAAUUGCUUGCAUACAAGCACACCAACUAUUGUGCAUCGUGAUUUAAAGUCACCCAACUUGCUAGUCGACAAAAAUUGGAAUGUAAAGGUCUGUGAUUUUGGAUUGUCAAGGUUGAAGCAUAACACAUUUUUGUCUUCUAAAUCAACUGCUGGAACUCCUGAAUGGAUGGCUCCCGAAGUACUUCGAAAUGAACCAUCAAAUGAGAAAUGCGAUGUUUAUAGCUUUGGUGUAAUAUUAUGGGAGCUUGCAACCCUUAGACUGCCUUGGAGUGGAAUGAACCCAAUGCAAGUUGUGGGUGCAGUAGGUUUCCAGAAUCGGCGCCUAGACAUCCCCAAGGAACUUGAUCCUUUGGUUGGUAGUAUUAUAUGGCAAUGUUGGCAGUUUGAGCCAAAUCUACGUCCUUCAUUUGCUCAGCUCUGUGAAGCUCUUAAAUCAUUGCAGCACCUCGUAAUCCCUUCGAAUGCUGAUCAGCAAAACUUGCCGAUGCCGACAGAUACUUCUGUAAAUUCGGUGCCUUGAUUGCGAAGAGAAUAAGUCUCAUAUUAUCAAAUAUAGAGCUGGUACAUAAGGUUUAGCGAGAAGUAAACUGAAAUAUUGAAAAAAGGCGAUGAAAGCUUCUCGAGGCAGCCUCAUUGUCUUUUUGACUUUUUAGUCGUGAUAGAGUUUCGAAUUUCGACAACAGCAGCUGCAGCAGCUCAGCUUGAAGGGGAUGUCAGUUGCAAAUUUUGUAUAGAGGCGUGCGUAGUUUUUGAUGCAAAUAUUGUGAUAUUGAAUUUUGACAUGGAAUUGUAAAAUAUGCAUGUCCAUGCAUGCGAGUAAAGUCAACUUCUUUUUUCCUUUUUUUCUGUAAAGAAAAUUGAAGUAUAAGUAGAAGUCUAUUUUAUUAGAAUCAAGAAUGUAAAGGACUGUAAAUAUAUCAAUAUAUAUUUUCCAAACUUCUUCACUUUAA